UGAUAGAUAUCUAAUAAAUUAUAUUUUGCUUAGGUGACUGAAUAAGAUGAGGCGACACAUACACAGUUUUUAUUCUAUACGAUCGCUUUCUUGGCCUUACGUUUGCCAAGUAUAAUUGUGCGGCUCAGUUGUAAUGAAUAGCGAAUCUUCAAAAAUAUUAGAUGCUGGAAAUGUUUCAAAUAAAAUGAAUCAUGUAUCAGUUGCAGUACCGGUUUCCGACAAAGAUAGCUCCACAGCAAAUAUUAGUCCGUUUUUCUGGCGUGUAUUUUCAGCUGCAUUUUAUGGCAUUUCUUCUUUUCUUAUCAUCGUUGUCAACAAGAUAGUUCUUACAAAUUACAGGUUCCCUUCCACUCAUGCAUUGGGUAUUGGGCAGAUGCUGGUAACAUUGCUGGUUUUGUAUAUAGCUAGAUUUUUAAAAAUUGUAAAUUUCCCACCUUUAUCGAAAGAAGUGCCAAAAAAGAUAUGGCCUCUCCCUAUAUUUUUCAUUGGAAAUCUUGUAUGUGGUUUAGGAGGAACAAAACACUUGAGUUUGCCUAUGUUUACAGUUCUUCGGCGUUUCACUAUUUUAAUGACACUAGUGGGAGAAUAUUUCAUCCUAAAACAAAAACAAACUCCUGCUAUCGUUAUGACAGUUUUUGCCAUGGUUGGUGGUGCCAUAGUUGCUGCAGUAGAUGAUCUGUCUUUUGAAGUGACAGGAUAUAUGUUCGUUUUGUGCAAUGACUUUUUUACUGCUGCAAAUAAUAUCUGUGUAAAAAAGAAGUUGGAGGCUAGGGAUUUUGGAAAGUAUGGAUUACUAUUUUAUAAUGCUUUUUUCAUGAUACUGCCUUUAUCAGCUUUAUGGUGGUAUUCGGGAGAAAUUGAAAAAACAUUUGCAUUUACUAAAUGGCUCGAUUGGAUGUUCAUGUCUUCAUUCCUUAUGUCUUGUUUUAUGGGUUUUAUUUUGAUGUAUUCAACUGUCUUAUGUACAGCUUAUAAUUCUGCCUUAACUACAACUAUUGUUGGGGUAAUUAAGAAUAUUUUAAUCACCUAUGUUGGAAUGUAUCUGGGUGGAGACUACAUUUUUAGCUGGACAAAUUUUAUUGGCUUAAACAUUAGUAUGUCAGGUAGUUUGGUAUAUUCAUACAUUACUUUUGUGAAGCCUGAUUCCAAACCCACAAAAAGUGCUGUUUUAAAAUGACUCUGAAA